AUGGAGAUGAACCUGCAGCCUAUUGUUAUAACUGAUGUGAAUAGUACAUUAAAUACAAUUGCGAUAGCUAAAAACAAUAAUGUACCGUUUGGCACAUACACUAUGCAUAGUCAUUUGAUAGAUCAUGACUAUAUAUACCAAAGGCCAAAACCAAGCAGUCAUGCAAAAAAACGAAAGAGGCGACUAAAAAUAACAGAUAUCAAAGCUAUCUAUAAUUGUCUUGUAUGCGGCUAUCGUACCAUGAAUAGAGACGUACUACAAAAACACGUUUGCAUAAGAGAUCUGAAUUAUGAUCUAAACAAAAACCUCACAAGGAAACUACCAAAGAAAUAUGAAAUAUGUUCAAAGUCUGCUGAAAAAUCUAAUUUGAGAAAUCGUACAGAGUCACAAGACAGGGGUAUUCAAAAUAAAUGUAUAGAUUGUGUUACACCAAAAAUUAAUGUUGAGACUUUGAAAUACAAAUGUUCAAAGUGUAGCUAUACCUCACAGAACUUAACCAAUUUGAAAAUCCACACACACAUACAUUCCCGUGGUGCACUCUACAAGUGUACGGAGUGUGAGUUCUCCGGUGCUGAUCUGAAGCAACUUAUUAAGCAUUAUGAUGAUGUGAAAGAAAUGCAAUGCCAAUGUGGGUAUUCUACACAUGUUAAACAACAAAUGUCUAUGCAUAUGAGGUCUCAUACUGGAGAAAAACCGUUCAGCUGUGACUCCUCAAUAGUUUCUCAAACAACUCUUUUGCAUCCAAUCGCUAAGAUAAUGAAACAUCAAAUGAGCGAGCGCAUAGCAGUCACGUGCCGCUUCCGACACCGGCAUGGCUACAUUGCCGUACCGUGCAUUAGCACGUCACGUCAACCUGCCGCGCCGCGACCAUACAGUACUAUAUACUUGUACAAUAUGAAAGCCGCGACACCGCACGGCUCCACGUUGACGACAUCGUGA